AGGGAGCUUCAAAGCGCCCCUUCACCCACAGAGGAGAGGACCACUCUGUGAUGCGUAGCUGGGCUCUACCUGCCGAGCAACACUUCUCGGAUGGGAUAAAACCUACCGGUCAAAUUUAAACGCUCAUUGUGUGAGUGUGCGUGUGUGUUUGUGUGUGUGCGCACGCACGCACGUGCGAAAGAGAGAGAGAGGGGAGAGCGAGUGCGUGUGCGUGUGUGUGUGUGUGUGUGUGUAUGUGUGCUCCGCGAGGACUGGGAAAUGCUCUUCUAACGCGAGCGCGGAUGACAGUAUCGCCCGAGUUUUUUUCCCCUCACACAGAUAUUCCUAACUUGGAGCCCCCCGGACGUUGAGCAAGUUUUUUGCUUUUUGUCUUUCCUUGAAUUGCGUUUGUGUAGCUGGAAGUCCGGAAAGCAGCGCAAGAGAAGAUGGGGAGCGAAAAGUACUUGCCGGAGCUCAUGGCAGAGAAGGACACGCUGGAUCCAUCUUUUCAGCACUCCCUGCGGCUACUGGAUCAAGAGAUUGAAAAAAUUCAGAAAGACGAGGGCAAGGAGGAGGAGAAAUUCAUCGACGUCGUCAUCAACAAGAACAUGAAACUGGGCCAGAAAGUUUUAAUACCAGUCAAGCAGUUUCCUAAAUUUAACUUUGUCGGCAAACUCCUCGGGCCACGCGGGAACUCGUUAAAGAGACUACAGGAGGACACUCUCACAAAGAUGUCAAUUCUUGGUAAAGGAUCCAUGAGAGACAAAGAGAAGGAAGAAGAGCUACGGCAGAGCGGCGAGGCCAAGUAUCACCACCUGAACGAAGACCUGCACGUCCUCAUUGAGGUCUUCGCUCCGCCAGCUGAGGCAUACGCCAGGAUGGGUCACGCUCUGGAGGAGAUCAAGAAGUUUCUCAUACCUGAUUACAAUGAUGAGAUCAGACAGGCCCAGCUGCAGGAGCUCACAUACCUGAACGGUGGCUCAGAGGAUGCCAAGGUGCCAUCGGUGAGGGGCAAGUCAGCAGCCCGUGGAAGAGGGACACCUGUUCCGGGGCCUCCCAGGAGUCGCGGAGGAGUUCCUCCACUGCAUGCAGCACUGCCUCGCGGAGCGGCACCCAGAGGAGCCCCACCCAGCCGGGUUCCAUCCUCCAGAGGGCGAGGGGUGCAGAGAGCAAGAGGCGCCCCGCCAGCCGCCGGGUACAGGCCAGUUCCACCCAUAGUCCAGGACUCAUAUGGCGAAUAUGAAUAUGACGACGGCUACGGAACAGCUUAUGACGACCAGGGAUAUGAAUCGUAUGACAACAAUUACAGUAAUCAAGGACAAAACUCAGAUGACUACUAUGAAUACGGACACAGUGGGGAAUCAUAUGACUCAUAUGGUCAGGAAGAGUGGGCAAACAGUCGUGGCAAGGCUCCGUCAGCACGAACAACCAAGGGAGUGUACAGAGAUCAGCCAUACUCAAGAUAUUGAACUGUUUAUACAACCCGCACCUGAGUCCUCAUGGCUGUUUCAACCCCAAGUAAUGGAUUUUUUAUGGACGCUCCCACCUUUUUAGAAUCGAAAACUUAAACCACAAAAUAAUCCAAAUGAAACGAUGAUAGUGAGAUACUGAAUGAGACAAAAACGAGUAUUCAAAAGUGGACCCCCCCCCCAAC